CUUACCAAAAAUUUAAAAGAUAUAAUAAUAUUGUCAUACCAAGCGCUACUCUAAUGUUAAAUGAUUAUUAUGUUGAUUCUAUCAAGUAUGUUGGUAAAUAUGGUAAUCCGUUCGGUCGGGACAUUAAAGGGAUUUUUAGAGGAUGUUGUGCUAACGUUAAUGCAACAGACCGUUAUUCUGAUAGUGUUAGAUAUGUAAUAUUUAAUGGAUUAAAAGGACUACCUGGUUGGGAUAUUGAAAAUCAUCAGACACAGAAGGAUAUUCUAAAGCAAUUGCAAGAUCAAAAUAUGGUGGUCCCUGUCGUCAUUGCUGAUGGGAUUAUUGAACCUUUUGAGGAUGAUGUUGAUUGGGAUUCUAUGAUUGUUAGGGUUCGACGUAAUGGCGUUCAUAUAGUCAAUGAAAUAUUAAUUUCAGAAUAUGAAUACCAAAGACAACAUGAGAGA